AUGUUCGUACGAACAUUGUCGUUCUAUGUUUUGGCUUUAGUCGUUUGUUCGACUAUUGUGUUUCAUUGGGAAGGUGCUCCGAUUAUCAAUUCGAUCAAUCUUCAACAAUAUUCAUCAAUUCAACUCGGAUGGACUCGUGAUCAAAUAACAAAACUCAUUGGUAAUGAAGGAAAGACAAUGGCAGAAAGUAGUUUCGGAAAUCUAAAUAGAACAAUUGUUGGAUAUACCGGAUCAUCAUCAUCUGAUGUCACAUUUAUUUUUCAAGAUUCAAUUCUUUGUGGUAAAUCUCAAAGAGGAUUGGAUAAUGGAAAUUAUCUGAUGAAUGAACAACAAUACAAUUCAAUUCAAAUUGGAUGGACACGAGAUCAAGUGACAAAAUUAGUUAACAGUUCAGGAAAUAAUGUUUCAGAAACUCGAAGCGAUGCUAUAACUGUUGUUUUUGUUGAAUACAAAGGAGCUGGAACUUCUUAUGGUGUUGUCACUCUCCGAUUUUAUAAUGGAAAAAUCGUUUCGAAAUCUGAAAUUGGUUUUGCUUCAGCUGUUAACAACAAAAUCAAUCUUUUUCAAUACACAACCAUUCAAAUUGGAUGGACUCAACAACAAGUUACACAACUUCUUGGUGGUUCAGGAACAAUCAUCUCACAAACUGGAACACAAGGUUCACCAUAUGAAACAAUUACCGUUCAAUAUAUGGCAUCAAAAUCAUCUGUUUCGGUAGCAUUAUUUACUUUCAAAGGAGGAGUACUUUAUAGUAAAGCUCAAAAUGAAUUGGAUACGGGAAUUUACACGAUGACUCAACAGCAGUUUAACUUAAUUGAAAUUGGAUGGACUCGAGAUCAAAUUACAAAUUUUGUUGGAAGUCAAGGAAGUACGACUUCGGAAACUGGAACUGGCUUUCCAAAUGUCAUUUCCGUUCAAUAUUCUGCAGCUGGAACAACGUAUGGUACUGCUAAUCUCAUUUUUGUUAAUGGAAAAUUAUCUCAAAAAACUGGAGUUGGUUACUUUGUAAUUUCGAAUACAAUUAGUCUUCAACAAUACAGAACAAUUCAAAUUGGAUGGACUCAACAACAAGUUACACAACUUCUUGGUGAUUCUGGCACUGUUCUUUCACAGUCAGGAACAAAAGGUUCACCAAAUGAAUGGGCAGUUAUUCAAUAUAAAGGAUCACAAUCAUCGUUUUCAUUAGUAAUGUUUACUUUUCAAGGAGGAAAACUUUCAGGUAAAACUCAGAAUGGAUUAGAUACGACAGUGUAUCAAAUGACUCAACAACAAUACAAUCAACUUCAAUUUGGAUGGACUCGAGAUCAAGUGACAAGUUUAGUUGGUAGUGCAGGAAAUGCCAUUAGUGAAGGUGGAACAGGAGAUAUUGCUGUGAUUAGUGUUCAAUACGGAGUAUCUGGAACUUUAUUUGGAAGUGUUGGAUUGGUAUUCAUUGGAGGAAAACUCAGUGGUAAAGGUGGCGUUGGAUUCAAAUAA